AUGGAGGGCUGUAAGAGAGUGAUGGCAGCCCUGUCUGAGAACUUGCUGACAGUCAGCAUGUUGCUGAGUGUCUUUUUUCUUCCAGGAAUUCAGACUGCAUGUCAUUCGACCCACAAGGGAAUCAACAUUACUGCGCCAAAGCAUGUUGACGCUCUGAGUGGAUCCUGUUUGCUAAUUCCAUGUAGCUUUACUGACGACAAGAUAAUGAAGUUUGACGGCAGAAGAAAAACAUUUGGAGUCUGGAUAAAAACGUCAAUCUACAUUGUCGCUUUUCCACGGAAUAUAGUUUACAACAGCAGUUGGUCAGAAAGCAAAUUUGGAAUCAACAUAAUUGGAAGUCUGAGUGAGAGAAACUGCACAACUGUGUUUUCUAAAAUGGUUAAAGAGUAUGGAGGUAGAUACUACUUCAGAGUUGAAAGCGGGCCGUUCAGAUCAUUUGCUACCUGUGAUCCUGUUCAAGUAACAGUUAAAGAUUCUGCUUGGAACCCCAGGAUUGAAAUCUCAGGUGACGUGAAGGAGAAGAACUCUGUCACCGUAACGUGCUCAGCUCUCACUCCCUGUCCACAAUCACCUCCUGGACUCUCCUUGAACCUCCAACCAAACCCUCACAGACAGAUGGAGAGGAACAAAGAUGGAACGUUUACAACUACAAUCCAGCAGAACAUCACUCUGUCAGAGAUCCACGACGGAUACAACAUCACCUGCUUUGCCAGAUAUCCUGUGGAUGGAGGAAAACACAAGACAGCAAAUACAGAUGUGACUCUCAGUGUUCCCUAUUCUCCCAAGAACACCUCAGUAUCCAUCACUUUAGCAAAAGGUAGAUGGGUGGAGCUGCGUUGCUCCAGCAGAGCCAAGCCUCCCGUCAGCGUCUUCACCUGGUUCGAGAAAACCUCAAAUGGAGCCUUGAAAGUAGGUGAAGGAGAAAAUUAUGGACUCCAUGUCACUGAGGAGGGAGCUUAUUACUGUGUGGCCACGAAUGAUGUUGGUAGUCAGACAUCUCCAGAGAUUCGUCUGACUCUUUCAGCAAUAGGUAAAUAG